AUGAGUUCUGAAGAGUCCGAUGCCGUACUAUUAGAACGGCCUGGCUCUGAAGAAUCAGACAGUGCUCCCCCAACCCAUGAUGCACCCGAACGACCCGCUGUUCUCUCCCGGGCUUCUACCUUUGGCAAGAAGUGUUGGAUAUGUUUGAUGGAUGCGAAUGAAGACGAUCAGACCAACCCUCCAACUUGGAGAACCCCUUGCAAGUGCAGUUUGACAGCACACGACCAGUGCCUGUUGGACUGGGUAGCCGGCCUGGAAGAUCCAAAGACAAUAAAGCGGGGAGGGCCUCCUCAAAUACUUUGUCCGCAGUGCAAGUCGGAAAUCCGCAUUACAAGACCAAGAAGCUACAUUGUUGAUGCAUAUCGCGCGGUUGACAGGACCUUGGCCCGGGCUGUGUUGCCUGCGGUGGGGUUAUCAUUCACGGGGUCUGUCUACGCGGGGCUAUGGGUCCACGGAUUCACAUCUGUUUAUAUGAUUUUCGGUGAGGAAGAGGCAAGUCGUUUGCGCGAUAUAGCAGCUGUUUCAUAUUGGUCACUUGCAUCCUAUGGAUUAAUUCCGAUCAACCUGAUCAUGGCCCGUACCAACUAUGCCGAUUUCGUCCUACCCGGGGGUUCGCUGUAUCUCUUAGCGACACAACUCAAUGAAAAUCUUGAGAUCGACAUGACUAUCUGGCCCCCCUUACCAAGCACAGUGUUUGCAUGUUUGCCUGUCAUGAAAAAGGCCUACAAUUGGGUCUAUCAUCAGGCCUUCUGCGACUUGAACAAGAAGUGGCUGGCGGAAGUGAAGCCUAGAAGCCAAGAACUGGUAGACGGGCGGGAGGAAAAUGUAGCAGACGCCGAUGCAAUGGAAGAGGUGGAGGAAGCCGGGGCUCAAGGAGGCCUUGUCAUCGAACUGGAUCUCGAGCUCAACGUGCCUGCUGAAAACGGUGCUGGGAAUGAGAAUGCAGGCGAAGCCGGUGAGCCGCCUGCAGGUGGGGAUGGUCAGAACGCAGCGAUGAAUGGAAAUGGACACGUCCAUCGAUUACUGGGCGACCGUGGCGAUGUGAUCGUGGAGAGCACCUCGACGUUCGGACAGACCAUGUUCGGAGCACUAGCCUUUCCGGCGGUGGCUGCAGGCAUGGGCAAUCUCUUGGAAUUGGUGUUGCCGUCUUCUUGGCUCGGACUCACGAAUACCAUGAAUGGUCGACCAGGUCUCUUGCGAACCAAGUGGGGAAGAAGUGUGGUUGGAGGAGCCAUAUUUGUGGUCCUGAAGGACGCAUUGGUGCUAUACUGCCGAUGGCGAUUAGCCCAGAGUCAUCGACAGCGGCGAAUCGUGGAUUACGACAAGAAGACUCAGAAGUACAAGGCAUGA